GGGCCCGGGUCGGCGGCGGGCGGGGCGGGGCGGAGUCUCCUCCUGCACGGGGGAGCCCCCGGGCUCGCCCCAACUCAGGCACUCCUACCCUUGGGGCAGCUGCCUGGCGAGUCCGCGGAGAAGCGGCCAGCGGGCGAUGGAGACAGAGAGACACCCGACGAGAGGAGGCGGGGUGGGGGAGGCGGGGAGAGUGCGGGGGCGGAGGCUGGCAGGGGGCGCUGGAAGGUGGAGCGGUCCGUGCGCUCCCCGCGCCCGAGGGUGCAGGAGGCUCUGAAGCGGCGGCUGCACCGCGGGGCCCAGGCGGCGGCUGGGGGGUGGGGGAGCGCUGCCGCCGCCGGGGGCGUCGCCGGCCUCGGCCCCUUUGUUCUCGCGCGCUCCCCCUCGCCGCCCACUCCCCUGCUGUCGCGCGGCGGCGGCGGUGGCGGCUGCGGCUCCUCCCGCCCGAGGCAGUCGAGCUCGGCGCCGGGGGCGGGAGGGGGCGGGGGGAGCGCGCCAGCCGCGGAGAGUGGGGGGCGAUGGCGAAGCUCCGGGUGGCUUACGAGUACACGGAAGCCGAGGACAAGAGCAUCCGGCUCGGCUUGUUUCUCAUCAUCUCCGGCGUCGUGUCGCUCUUCAUCUUCGGCUUCUGCUGGCUCAGUCCCGCGCUGCAGAAUCUGCAAGCCACGGCGGCCAACUGCACGGUGCUGUCGGUGCAGCAGAUCGGCGAGGUGUUCGAGUGCACCUUCACCUGUGGCGCCGACUGCAGGGGCACCUCGCAGUACCCCUGCGUCCAGGUCUACGUGAACAACUCCGAGUCCAACUCCAGGGCGCUGCUGCACAGCGACGAGCACCAGCUCCUGACCAACCCCAAGUGCUCCUAUAUCCCUCCCUGUAAGAGAGAGAAUCAGAAGAAUUUGGAAAGUGUCAUGAAUUGGCAACAGUACUGGAAAGAUGAGAUUGGUUCCCAGCCAUUUAUUUGCUAUUUUAAUCAACAUCAAAGACCAGACGACGUGCUUCUGCAUCGUACUCAUGAUGAGAUUGUCCUCCUGCAUUGCUUCCUCUGGCCCCUGGUGACAUUUGUGGUGGGCGUUCUCAUUGUGGUCCUGACCAUCUGUGCCAAGAGCUUGGCGGUCAAGGCAGAAGCCAUGAAGAAGCGCAAGUUCUCUUAAAGGGGGAGGAGGCUUAUGGAAAGCAAAGCACAGAAGCUGCACUCAUUGGCACACGUCCACCUGCGGAACCGGUGUUUCCUGGCGCAGAAGAUGGACAGGGCCACGACGGGGCUCUGAGAGGCUCAUCCCUCAGUGGCAGCAGAAACAGGCACAACUAGAAGACUGGAACCUCAAAGCUCGUAUUCCAUCUGCUGUAGCAAUGGCUAAAGGGUCAAGCUCUUAGCUGUGUGGAGUAACUAUUUCAGAAAACCCUAUAAGAAGUUCAUUUUGUUUCAAAAGUAACAGUAUAUUAUUUGUACAGUGUAGUAUAUAAACCAUUAUGAUUUAUGCUACUUAAAAAUAUUAAAAUAGAGUGGUCUGUGUUAUUUUCUAUUUCCUUUUUUAUGCUUAGAAUGCCAGGGUUAAAAAAAAAAAAAAGGUGAAGACAUCUGGGUUUCAUUUACUUCUGCUAGGUUAAACUUUUACUUGACAACAAGGAUUCCUGCUGAAGUCUGAACCUUACUGUGUAACCCUCAGUUUCCACUAUUAAAAGAGGACCUUUUGAUGUCUGCUUGGAAAAUGAAUAGUGCACUGGUAACUAAGUGUCCAGUUAUCUCUGUGUCUCUUACCAAGGGAUUCUAAAAGAUUGGGAAAACAUCCUCCAACACUUGCCUUUGCCUAACCAUUUAUUUUUUGCCAGGUUACUUCUUGAGAGAGAGAGAGAGGUGAUUCUGAAGGCUUCUAUCUCAAAAAGCACUGGGCUUCUUUAUUCUUCUGUUCUUGUUGUUUUCGAUGGAUUUUUAAACAUUUGUGUGCGAUACAAUAUACACGAUGUAAAGGAAAUUUAGCUUGGUGAAAUGCUGUUUUGUUUUUUUUUUUCUGUGGGUCAGAAAACAUCAAAAUCAGUUCAAGCAUUUUUUUUUCUUUUUGUCCUUGCCUUGAUGUUAUGAGUAUUAAAACAGGAUUGCUGUCAUUGUUCAGUUUGCUUGGACAAAACUGGAGAUGCAACCCAGCUCACAUCAUUGCUACCGAUGAGCUUUCUGUGCCUUUAUCAAAAGUUUAGUGAGAAGACCAUGUUUCUUUGAAUCUGUUUAUGAACUCAAAUGCCAAGUAUGAAUCGCAGGUCUCAGUGAACAUCAAACCUAUUUAUUUACUACAUAGAAUCAAGCCUUUGUUUAGGUGAGAUGUACAUCGUUAGUGGAGGAACAGCUGACAGCAUAAUUUCAUUUUGUUUUCUUCUGAUAUUCUUCAGACAUGCUUCUAUUAGAAUAAAGGUAAAUUGGAAUUUAA